AACUACAACCACAGCUGCUCCUACUACAACCACAACUGCUCCUACUACAAUGACAACUGCUCCUACUACAACCACAUCAGCUCCAACAACAACCACAGCUGCUCCAACUACAACCACAGCUGCUCCUACUACAACCACAUCUGCUCCUACUACAACCACAACUGCUACUACUACAACCACAUCUGCUCCUACUACAACCACAGCAGCUCCAACAACAACCACAGCUGCUCCAACUACAACCACAACUGCUCCUACUACAACAACAACCACAACUGCUCCUACUACAACGACAACUGCUCCUACUACAACCACAGCAGCUCCAACAACAACCACAGCUGCUCCAACUACAACCACAGCUGCUCCUACUACAACCACAUCUGCUCCUACUACAACCACAACUGCUACUACUACAACCACAUCUGCUCCUACUACAACCACAGCAGCUCCAACCACAACCACAACUGCUGCAACCACAACCACAGCUUCUCCAACUACAACCACAGCAGCUCCAACUACAUCCACAACUGCUCCAACUACAACCACAGCAGCUCCAACAACAACCACAACUGCUCCUACUACAACCACAGCUGCUCAUACUACAACCACAGCUGCUCCUACUACAACCACAACAGCUCCAACAACAACCACAGCUGCUCCAAAUACAACCACAACAGCUCCUACUACAACCACAGCAGCUCCAACAACAACGACAACUGCUCCAACUUCAACCACAAAUGCUCCAACUACAACCACAGCAGCUCCAACAACAACCACAACUGCUCCUACUACAACCACAGCAGCUCUAACAUCUGCUCCUACUACAACCACAGCAGCUCCAACCACAACCACAACUGCUGCAACCACAACCACAGCUGCUCCAACUACAACCACAGCAGCUCCACCUACAUCCACAACUGCUCCAAGUGCAACCACAGCAGCUCCAACAACAACCACAACUGCUCCAACUACAACCACAACUGCUCCACCAACAACCACAACUGCUCCUACUACAACCACAACUGCUCCUACUACAACCACAACAGCUCCAACUACAACCACAACUGCUCCAACUACAACCACAACAGCUCCUACUACAACCACAACUGCUCCUACUACAACCACAACAGCUCCAACUACAACCACAACUGCUCCAACUACACCCACAACAGCUCCAACAACAACCACAGCUGCUCCAACUACAACCUCAACUGCUCCUACUACAACCACAUCUGCUCCUACUACAACCACAGCUGCUUCAACUACAACCACAGCUGCUCCUACUACAACCGCAACUGCUCCUACUACAACCACAGCAGCUCCUACAACAACCACAGCUACUCCAACUACAACCACAACUGUUCCAACUACAACCACAGCAGCUCCAACAACAACCACAACUGCUCCUACUACAACCACAGCUGCUCAUACUACAACCACAGCUGCUCCUACUACAACCACAACAGCUCCAACAACAACCACAGCUGCUCCAAAUACAACCACAACAGCUCCUACUACAACCACAGCAGCUCCAACAACAACGACAACUGCUCCAACUUCAACCACAGCUGCUCCUACUACAACCACAACAGCUCCAACAACAACCACAGCUGCUCCAACUACAACCACAACAGCUCCUACUACAACCACAGCAGCUCCAACAACAACCACAGCUCCUCCAACUACAACCACAUCUUCUCCUACUACAACCACAACUGCUCCUACUACAACCACAUCUGCUCCUACUACAACCACAGCAGCUCCAACAACAACCACAGCUGCUCCAACUACAACCACAACUGCUCCUACUACAACCACAUCUGCUCCUACUACAACCACAGCUUCUUCAACAACAACCACAGUUGCUCCAACUACAACCAAAACUGCUCCUACUACAACCACAUCUGCUUCCACUACAACCACUGCUGCUUCAACUACAACCACAGCUGCUCCUACUACAACCACAUCUGCUCCUACUACAACCACUGCUGCUUCAACUACAACCACAGCUGCUCCUACUACAACCACAACUGCUCCUACUACAACCACAGCAGCUCCAACAGCAACCACAGCUGCUCCAACUACAACCACAUCUGCUCCUGCUACAACCACAACUUCUACUACUACAACCACAUCUGCUCCUACUACAACCACAGCUUCUUCAACAACAACCACAGCCUCUCCUACUACAACCACAACUGCUCCUACUACAACCACAGCAGCUCCAACAACAACGACAACUGCUCCAACUUCAACCACAACUGCUCCAACUACAACCACAGCAGCUCCAACAACAACCACAACUGCUCCUACUACAACCACAGCUGCUCCUACUACAACCACAACAGCUCCAACAACAACCACAGCUGCUCCAACUACAACCACAACAGCUCCUACUACAACCACAGCAGCUCCAACAACAACCACAGCUCCUCCAACUACAACCACAUCUUCUCUACAACCACACUGCUCCUGCUACAACCACAGCGGCAGCAAGUACGACCACAGCUGCUCCAUCCACAACUGCUGUUCAACCUACAACUACAUCUGCCACAACUACAACCACAACCACUGCUUUUCCUACUACAAUUAUAGCAGCUCCAGCCAUAACCAGUGCAGCUGCUGCCACACCCAUAGAAGCUCCAAUUCCAACCACUGUAGUUCCAACAACAACCACAGUGACUCCUACUUCAACAACUGUUGCUCCAACUACACCUGUAACAACUAUAACCACAGCCACUCCAACCACAACCACAGCUGCUACAACUACAACCACAACUGCUCCAACCACGAAAACAACAGCCUCAAUUACAUCCAGCGUAUCGUUAACCACAACCACAGCUGCUCCUACUACAACAAUUGCUGCUUCAACUACAGCUGCAACAAAUACAACCACAACUGCUCCCACGAAAGCCACUGCUGUUCCAACUACAACUACAGCUUCAACAACUACAACCACGGCUGUUCCUACUACAACCACAGCAGCUCAAACUACUACCACCGUUUCUUCAACGACAACCACGGCUGCUCCUACUACAAUUACACAGCUUCAGCCACAACCACAACAGGUCCAACUAAAACCACCGUAGCUCCAAAGACAAGCGCAGUAACUCCUACUAUAACAACCUCUGCUCCAACUACACCUGAAACAACUUCAACCAUAACUUCUCCAACUACAACCACAGCUCUUUCAACUUUAUCCACUGCUGCUACAACUACAUCAGCUUCUCCAACCACAGCCACAGCUUACAACAACUGCUGCUUCCACCAAAGCCACUACUCUAACAGCAGCUUCCACUACAACCACUGCUUCAACCUUAACCACUACUCCAACACCAACUUCCACUACAACCACUGCUUCAACCUUAACCCCUACUCCAACACCAACUUCCACUACAACCACUGCUUCAACCAAAGCCACUACUCUAACGACAGCUUCCACUACAACCACUGCUUCAACCUUAACCCCUACUCCAACACCAACUUCCACUACAACCACUGCUUCAACCAAAGCCACUACUCUAAUGACAGCUUCCACUACAACCACUGCUUCAACCAAAGCCACUACUCCAACAACAACUUCCACUACAACCACUGCUUCAACCAAAGCCACUACUCUAACGACAGCUUCCACUACAACCACUGCUUCAACCUUAACCCCUACUCCAACACCAACUUCCACUACAACCACUGCUUCAACCAAAGCCACUACUCCAACAACAACUUCCACUACAACCACUGCUUCAACCAAAGCCACUACUCUAACGACAGCUUCCACUACAACCACUGCUUCAACCAAAGCCACUACUCUAACGACAGCUUCCACUACAACCACUGCUUCAACCAAAGCCACUACUCCAACAACUUCCUCUACAACCACUACUUCAACCAAAGCCACUACUCCAACAACUUCCUCUACAACCACUACUUCAACCAAAGCCACUACUCCAACAACAUCUUCCACUAUAACCACUGCUUCAACCAAAGCCACUACUCUAACGACAGCUUCCACUACAACCACUGCUUCAACCAAAGCCACUACUCCAACAACUUCCUCUACAACCACUACUUCAACCAAAGCCACUACUCUAACGACAGCUUCCACUAG